UGUCAAGUGUCAAAUGAAAAGAUGAUACGGAAUAUAACAGCUGUUGUUGUGUUUCCUAAUCGCUGAAUACGUGGUAUUCUUAACAAGUUACAAUUUAACAAAGGUAGCUUUAUACUCUUUCAUAAGGUCGCUUUAGUUAUCAUUAGUUUUAGCAUUAUCAAAAAUGAAACAAAGGAAUGUUGUUAUCCAGGACGCGGAUAUUGCACAGUGGGGAUGAUUUGAUGGCCAACAUGAACGGUUCUGGUGAAGAGAAAGAAGGCCACAGUGAAAUACAACUCUACAGGAUAAAACCUCCUGACCACUUCAUUGAGGCUCAAGUGCAAGAAGGGGACACGUUACAAGCUAUCGCACUCCGAUUUCAUUGUUCUAUUUCAGAAGUGAAGAGGAUCAACCAAAUACAUAAGGACAAUGAAAUAUUUGCGAGACGGACAAUUAAAGUGCCUGUUACCCCAUACUCAGUGCUAACUGAAAUAAUUCCUACUGAACCAAGUCCAGAGCCUUUACCCUCUACAAGCAGUACUUCCACUAGUCUGCAUUUAGAAAAUAUACUUCAAAGUCCCAUGCAAAACAGGUUAAUUCAAAAUAAAGAUACAAGUUCAAAUGGAAAUCAUUCCAAUGAUGGAGAUUUUGCUAUUGACUGUAACACUGUAGUUUUAAACAGCACACUUAUGCCUUCCGUCAUACCUUAUACUGAUGCUGAGCAAAACGAAGUAGCUUCUGAAGACACAAAACUACUACCAGGCAAAGUAAAAGAACCAGUUGAAGCUGUAGUAGUUAAACAAUUGACUUCCCAGGGAGCAGACUUUGGACUUAAGUGGUUCCACCUGUUGUGUUUUGUGCUCGUUCUAGGUGUAUUUGCUCCUCUAAUAUACGUUCUAUUUUUCUUAGACAAGCAUGAACACUCUGACAUACCACCAUUACGAUGACUUGGAAAAGCUUUAAUUUGCGGAGAAAUUUUUGAUACAUAAUUUUAUAACAUGUAUUGUAUAUUUUAUUAAAAUUAAUACGCAGUUGUGAUUAUUAAA